CUGCCUGUUAUCCUCCUUGUCUAGCUAUGUCCGUAACGACUAUCCCUCUCCAACUACUUGACUGCUUCAGAGUGCGUGUCUCGCUCGAGAGCAGCACGACAUCCGACUUCUCCUGGAACGUUCAAACUUUGGAUCGCCGUUCAACGGAAGACUCUGAAACCACCAUCGCCGACCCAUAUAUUACUGUCGACUUGAUCAGGACUGGAACUCUGAACAGCAUCCAAAUUCGCACCUCACUUCCUCCACCGCGCUCUCCAAGUACAAGUUCCCUCUCGGUUUCGAAUGAUGGUAGCCGGAGUUCACCUUCCAACGGGUUGGGAAAUGUGGCUACGAGCUCUACUCACGAUUCUCGGAACGAGCAAAUAGGACUCCAUGCAUGCAACCCCUUCAACGGGAGUCAUCAAGAUAGUACAGUCUCUUUCAUGGGUUUAGAGAAUCUUGACGGGCUCGCCCACAAUACCCCGCACGACCCAGGUUUCAUGUCCUUUUACGACAUGUCAGGCAUCGAUGUCUCUUCUCAGAUGGCUUUCCAGUCGCUCACGUCCGAGGCUCUGCAACCUUUUACGCCAUCACUGUCGCAUUCAGGCAGUCCCAGUCAACCCGCCCUAACGGACUCUACGUCCGCGUCUCCUUCAUUAGCAAUGACAUCAACGGCAACGAUUCCAUCUUCUGAUGGACAAUCAUGGGGCUUGAACAGCAUAUCACCCACGCCACAUCCCGCCCUCGACCAGCGCACACUUGGCACAGAGUCCUCUCAUACGUCCGAUGAAUGGCUAUCAUUCCCGAUACCCCAACUGGGAUCACCAUCAUCAGUAACCUGCCCUCCGUCUCCGUCACCUUCCGUCCACUCUGUAGCGCCUAGUGACGACUCCAGCACGUCUUCAUCGCCCAAUGUCAAUCAAACCGGUCGCAAGCGCCGCCUUCCGUGCCUAGACUCGUCUUGUACACGACGGUUUGCCAACGAAUACACUCGCAAGGUGCACAUGGGCUCACACUUACCCAAGAAGAGGUACCUUUGCCGCGAGGGUUGUUCCGCCGAGUUUUCACGUCUUCACGAUCGUUUACGCCACGAAGCUGGCAAACACAAUCAGCUCACGGAGUGGUUUUGUUUCACUUGUUUACGCCCUUUCUCCUCCAAGAAGUCGUUGAAGAGACAUGCUUGCGCGGGCAAUGUUCUCAGCAGCAUGGCUGCUAGCGAUAAUCAUCGACUCUCACAACAGCCGCAAAGACCGAAGGAGUAGAUGAGGAGGUACAAUUGCGUGUUGGGGCCUGUUGGGGCCUUUACGAUAGAGGGGCAGUCUAUUCGUGUACGGUAUUAGAUUUCAUUAUGUUAUUUGUUUACAUCUCCUAGACACCCUGCAUUUGCAGUACACACUCCUUCCCACGGACAUAGAUCGGCUAGACGCCCUUUCUCCAUUGUACUAUAUGUAGCUACCAGGUAAUAUCAAGGGUCGGGAGUCGGAAGACAGAGCUUUCUGAUGCUUUGCGAGAACUUGUGAUUCUUUUGCGGCUAAUAGAAGGAUCGAAGGAUCCUUGACUACUCGUAUAUCCAGACUGCAGGUCAGUACCUUACUGAUAACGGUCUGGUUUCAUGACAGUCGCCAUUGACCGCGGCUCCUUGGUUCAUACAGGGCUGCACAUCAAUAGCACACGUUGCCCGUAGACAUUGUCUCGGCAUCAUUUAGAAGCAUGUACGGAAUAGAAAAGAGCGUUGCGGAGUAGUUAGAUAUCAAAUAGUACGAACUAGUGAGCCAAUAACAAGUACUCCAAUCCCCC